CAUAACUCAGUAAAUAAAUAUCACUCUGUAAUCUGUAUGUACUCAAAUUAAAGAGAAAGACCCACAGUUUCAAUUGACGUCAGCGUUAUUUGCAUGAAAUUCUUCGUUUGCAUUGCGCAAUUUGUCAAACUUCUUGAAACAUUCGCCAAAAUGAAGUGGCUCUACAUUUGACUCUUGACAUAAGAAAAAAAAAUAGAAAAAUUACAAGAAACCUGCUGUUUACAGUUGCAUUAAAUAACACUCUCCGCACUUGAAAUGAAAGAAAUUUAUGCAUUGACAUACGGAAGAGGAGAGAAAAUUGGAAAGAUCAGAAUGUAGUGCAGCGAGUGCAGCCACAAGGAGCAGAUCUCUCGUACAUACGCACGUUUUCCGUAUCGUUCUAUGUCGCUCAGAUAUUUUCGCGGUUAAGUAAUCAUCAGCGAGUUGUAAUACCGUGACAACAAUGUUAGCGCGUCGAUUACUGUGCCGAAAGCAGCUGUGGCAAGCCUCCUGCGGCCGGGCUGUCGUGCGGCACACGCAGAGUGCCGUAAGUCAGUUGCAGGAUACAUCUAACCUCGAAUUGCGACUGCCAGAGGUCCUGAAGAAGCAGCCGCAGCGGAAACCGUUCGUCAAGAACCUGUUUCUAGGCUCCUUCGACUACGAGUUCGUGUACUACCCCGAGCCGCAGACUAAGGCCAGGCACCAGGCAUUCUUCGACUGGCUGAAGCCCAUCGAAAAUUACAUGACCGAGUGCUCGGCUGACCCGACGAACACUCAGCGAGACGAGAUCCUCAGCCACCUGAAGGACCUGGGUGUCUUCCGGGCGCACGUGAGCGAGCCCUACCUCGGUCUGGGCCUGACGCACACGGAACUGGCGAAGCUCUUGGAAGUGCUCAGCUCGUUGUCCUGGCUGGGCUCGUAUUUCGUGAAGAAUCAUGUGAUGCCGGUCCAGCUGAUCAACAUGCUGGGCUCGGAUGAGCAGAAGGCCAAGUACUUGCCGAAGAUAGUGACCGGCGAGGUGGUGCCCACGAUGUGUUUCACCGAGGCGAGCGGCUUCAACGCCGACAUUCAAACCACCGCCGAAAUAUCGGACGACGACACGUACUGGCUGCUGAACGGCGAGAAGUCCUUCGUGGCGAACGCGCGCGACGCCAACCUGUUCCUCGUGUUCUCGCGGUGCGGCAUCAGCCGGGAGACCGGCUCCUUGAGCAAGGCCUCGUCUGUGCUCCUGGUGGAGAGCGACAGCGAUGGGAUCACUCUGCAGGAUGUUGACUUGGUCGGCCAGCAGGGCAGCUCAGUGUGCACGGUCAGCUUCAAGGACGUCCGAGUGGCGAAAUCCGACGUUCUCGGUGGGUCAGCCUCCACUCUGGACGUGAUGAUCGACUGGAUGGCGCCUGGCAACAGGUACAUCGCUCCACAGGCAGUCGGUCACUUGAAGACUUUUGUAAAGCUACUGACAACGCAUGUAUUGCAGAGAAAGCACUUGGACCAAAAUAUGCAUGAGUAUGAGGCAGUUCAGGAGGUGAUAGGCAAGAUUGCCACCAGGCUGUACGGGAUGGAGAGCAUCCUCUACAUGACUACAGGCAUGAUGGACACUUUCGACCAACAGGACUGCACGGUGGAGAAAGCGAUGGUGGAGGCCUACUGCGCGAACGAAUGCGUCACUUGCAUCCACGAGGGCCUGCAGAUCAUCGGGGCGCAGAGCUACCUCAGGGAGAACCCUUGCAUGCAGAUGCUGGAGGACGCGUUGGCGUACACGCUCUACGACAGCUACAAUAUCGACUCCAACACGUACAUCGCGCUGCUGGGUCUGCAGCACACCGGCAAGCACAUGUACAAGCACGUGCACAAGCUGCGCAACCCUUUCAUGUUCCCCAAGUUUAUUAUCAAGUGGAUUACCGGCAAGGAAUUCGUCCUGAGGCUCCACGCGGACGAGCACAUGCACCCGUCCAUGCAGACGAGCGCUUACCUCUUGGACGGCUGCAUCACCAAGUUGGCACACAUGUCAAUUUACCUGCUGGAAACCCACAGCCACGAGGUCUCCGAACGGCAAAUGGAGCUGCGCAGAUUCAGCGAACUGGCAACGAGAACGUUCGCCCUGGUGACAGUGUUGUCGCGCGCCUCGCGGUCCUACUGCAUCGGCCUGAGGAACGCCGAGCAGGACCGACACGUGGCCAACUCCUUCACGAUACUGACCUUCGAGAGAGUGCGCGUCCUCGCGGACGAGAUCGCGGCGGGCAGCUGGAAGAACGGCGACCGGCUGUAUAAGAACAUAGCCGAGCUCAUGUACAGCAAGAAAGACUAUUUCGCUGAGCAUCCGCUCAACAGAACCUAUUAGACAUUUAUUAGACAUAGAUAUAUUUUCGAAGCGAGAGAGACACUGUAAAAUACGAACGCUCGUGCGUGAACUGAAUGGCGUGAAGGAGGACGGGGAAAAUUACUGCAAAAGUAUUUGUUGUUAUAUACUUAAGACUGCUGGUCUGCUUGCAGAAGACCAGCCUAGACUGAUGAUGCCAGAGACAGGAAAACAUAUGCCAAGAAUUCUUACAUGCCACUUUCAAAUGAAAAGAUACUUACGAAUAAACUAAAGAUACGAAGGGAUCAUUUGAGAUCGCUCGAGCAUACUUGUAAAAUGCACUGAAAACUACCAUUUUCCUUUAACAGUUAAUGAACAGCCUUGAAAUGAACGUGACAAAAUCGUGAGGAGAGGUUGAUUAAAGAGAAAGUUGCGCGUUGCGUUAAUUUUCAGGCUAUUUAUUGACCGCCAAAAGAACAGGAUAGUUUUCAGAGUAUUUUACAAAUAUGUUCAAAAGAAUGUUUUUCGUGCAAAAAUCUUUUUAUUUAAAAAUGGCACGUAAGAAUUUUUGGCACGAGUUCUUUCGCUUUUGAUGUCGUCAGUUCGGGGCAGCAGUGAGACCAGGAGCCUUAAUUGCAGAAGUAAACUCGCCGUAUUGAAAUUAUAUUUUGGACGUAUGUCUAAGAUUGAGUUUUUCUGGGUUUCUCUAAAUGCCUUUGAUUCUCAAGCUCUGAAGCAACGUGACUUUCGUGUGAAAAAAACGGGGCUUGGUAUCAGAUGGCUACACAUUCAAACAGGCACCCGAAAUAAUAGGCUCCUGCUCGUUGUUCUUUAAUAUUUACAUCUAAUGUCCGUAAGACCUGUAUUAAUUAGUCGUUAAUUGAAACUCGCCUCACAUAUGACAAUCAGAUACGAAUUUAGGAUUUAAUACGAGUUUAUAUCUAUUGCAUUGCGAUUAUAAAUAUAACAUUACAUAUGAUUACCUGGUUUAGUAAAAAACUUUAAAUUCAGAUUUGUAUAUUCCAUGUGAGAUAAGUUUUAUUUAUGUCAUAUAUAUCAUAAUUUAAUUGGAAAACAGAAAUCUUACAUGAGACAAGUUCUAAUUACAACAUUACAUAUAUCAUUUGAUUCAAUUGAAAAACUCAGGUCUAACUCUAAAUUCAAGUCUGAAUAUAUCAUGUGAGACAAAUUCUAAUUACAACGUCACAUAUAUCAAUCAUGUGAUUAAAAAACUCAGAUUUAAUUCAAAGUUCAAAUCUGUUUCAUAUUUAAACAACGGCUAAUUAAUAUGGAUUCAAUGCCCGUUUCCACCAACGUUGAUUAAAUCUUAAUCCGAAUUCAAACUCUCUUCAGACAAAGAAACUCAGACUAAUGUUCAAUUAGCGUUGGUAAAAAUGAACACGAGAUAAUUAGAUGUAUCUGUUAAAUAUUCUUUUUUAUCUCGCAGUUUACAUGGUCGUCGUGGCCACCUUGUAAAGAAACGUGCUGUAGGUAACUUGCGCUUCGAGGGAAGCAAAUACACACGUAUGUUCCACUGAGCUCCUCUGUGUAUUUAUACGCCAAUAGCAAUUGUACAGUUGUACCUUAUAUACUAAGAUCGAGUCGAAAAGUAAAAUAAAUGCUCUUAAUCAGACUCUUCUAUCGCGGGCGUCUCUAAAAUCUUCGCGUAUCGCUCGACAAGUAUAACUCGAAAAAUGUAUGCUCGCCACUUCUCCGCUACGUCAUCGUCGCCGCCGCCGUCGUCGUGGACGUGAGAAAUAACCAGACGAAACGGUGUCUUCUCAAGGGAAGUGAAGCCAAAGGUAAAAGGGGAGGAGCUGGCAAAUUCGAGUAAUCCGGUUACGACAUAUCGACAUACCCUUUCGAUGUAUCGAGUAAACGCUUUACUUAAUAUAUACUUUGAGUAUACCUCGUUA